UAUUUAUUCUUCCUUGUGGCCCGCCUCCCUCUCGUCUCCUUCAUACUCCAUCAUGGCGAUGCACAACAAGACCACACCACCUCAGAUCCCCGAUACACGUAGAGAACUAGCCGAGCUAGUGAAGCGGAAACAGGAGCUGGCGGAAACUUUGGCAAACUUAGAACGCCAGAUUUAUGCAUUCGAAGGAAGUUACUUAGAAGAUACCCAGAUGUAUGGAAACAUCAUCAGGGGUUGGGACCGAUACUUAACAAACCAGAAGAAUUCAAACAGUAAGAAUGAUAGAAGGAACAGAAAAUUCAAAGAAGCUGAAAGGCUUUUUAGCAAGUCUUCAGUAACUUCAGCAGCUGCAGUAAGUGCAUUGGCUGGUGUUCAAGACCAAAUGGUUGAAAAAAGAGAACCUGGCAGUGGGACAGAGAGUGACAAUUCUCCAGACUUCCAGAAUCAAGAAAAUGAGCCCGGUCAGGAUGAUACAGAGGAUCUUGAUGGUUCUUUGUCUGGUGUAAAACCUCAAAAAGCAGCUUCUUCGGCCAACUCUGGUGGCCAUCAUAGCAGUCACAAGAAGCGCAAGAAUAAAAACAGGCACAGUCCAUCUGGCAUGUAUGAUUAUGACUUCGAGAUUGAUCUCAAAUUGAACAAAAAACCUAGAUCUGACUAUUAACUGUAUCUUGCGAAUGGCACCAAGAAGCCUCUCCUCUUCCGGUUCAAGAGUUUCCUGCAGUUUAUGCCAAGAUGGAAGAACAGCAAAGAAACCAAGAAGGAAUGCACAUAACCAUCAUGCAACACACAUGAUACAAUGUAUUGUGAUUUUGGAAAAGUGAAUUCAGGGAAUUUAUUAUAUUCAAGAUCAGAAUAUGUGUGAUCAAGAUAGGAGAAAUAUAUGCGUGUGUGUGGUUUUUGUACAAUGUUGAUACAGCUACUCUCCAGUUGACGUGCUGCUGUAGUGUAUACAAAUAUUGUAGAUUAUUUUGUAGUUACCUAUAUUUUGUCCCAGCCACUUACAUUACUUGACAAUAGAAUAUGCUGGUCAAUUAACAUUUUUUGGGUUUUGUUUUUAAUUCUCAUUUAGGAAAAGCAUAUUACAAACAGCUGUCCUUGUUUUAUAGACAAGAAAUUGUUAGUUUGUCCCUUUAGUUGAAAAAUCUGUUAUGCUACACAAUUUUUUUUGUCUUUAUGUUGUUAAUAUAUGUACAUAGUUUUUUUUUUUAUUUUAUUAUAUAUAGAUCUUUGUUCUGUAUACUUUCUACCAUAUCCUGUAGAGGCCAACAUAUUUUCCUACAUUUUCUUUUAAAAGAUUGAAGACUGGUUAAUGAA